CAUACUUCUGUUUCCUGAUGACAGCCCUGGGAGUGACGGCUGGUGCGCAUCGCCUGUGGAGCCACCGAUCCUACAAAGCUAAGCUGCCUUUGCGGAUCUUCCUGGCUGCUGCGAACUCCAUGGCUUUCCAGAACGACAUCUACGAGUGGAGCCGAGACCACCGUGUGCACCACAAGUACUCAGAGACGGACGCGGACCCGCACAACGCCCGCCGCGGCUUCUUCUUCAAGAGGGAAUGACUUUAAAACACAAGAGGUUUAAAGUUACUGUUCGUGCGCAAGCACCGGGACGUCAUAGAGAAGGGGAGGAAACUGGAUUUCACUGAUCUACUGGAUGACCCUGUCGUCAGGUUCCAAAGAAAGUAUUACAAGAGCUCGGUUAUCCUGAUGUGUUUUGUGAUCCCUACCUUUGUACCGUGGUACCUCUGGGGCGAAAGUCUGUGGAAUGCCUACUUCCUUGCCUCCAUCCUCCGGUACACCAUCUCCCUCAACGUCACCUGGCUGGUCAACAGCGCUGCCCACAUGUAUGGCAACCGCCCUUAUGACAAGUACAUCAACCCCAGGCAGAACACCUUUGUCACUCUGGGAGCCAUUGGUGAGGGUUUCCACAAUUACCACCACACCUUCCCAUUCGACUACUCGGCCAGUGAGCUGGGCCUGAAGUUCAACCCCACCACCUGGUUCAUUGACUUCAUGUUUUGGUUGGGGUUGGUCACUGACCGCAAGCAGGCUCCGAAGGAGAUGAUCCAGGCUCGCAAGGAAAGGACUGGAGAUGGCAGUGCUUGA